AUGUUUUGCCGCGAGGUGAAUUUGGCCUCCUUCGAUUUCGGUGGUAUGCUCACCCCACGUUUAUUUCUCGGGACUUUUCACAAACAUACAUCUUUCGGCGCAGUGUACAUGCUUGCAAUUCGUCCUCAUCAUCAUGGUCCUCCAACGAUGCAACACUAUGUGUCCUUUCGUCGCAAAAUUGUCAUUCGAAUCACACAGUGCUCUCGUUCAUGCCGUCUUGGCGGACACAACGUCCGUUUGAAGGAGAUGGCUGAAGGCCGUUGCAUCGAUGCAUGCAUGCACCCUCUAUUGAGGAUGUCGCAGAUCUGGACCUUGAUGAAGUUGAAUCAAUCUCUAAACCGGGGGCGCCUGCUCCCGGAGUCUGUUCACUUCCGUCGCCAGCCUCGGGUAACGGAUGCUUGA